AUGCGUAGUUGCGGUGUGGACGGCAUCCUCGCCCUGGACGAGAGGGGAGCAAACUGUUGUUGUCGUCCAUUUUCAUCAGGGUCACACAGCGGCGUUGGCCACGUUGCGGGGUUGCAGGUUGUAUAUAUAUAUAUUCACAGUGCCGCGGAACCCCAAAGUUCCUUCGGGGCCAUUUUGCGGAGGGGCCGGGUCGGCCCUGCGUGUGUCGCAUGGGGGCGUCCAUUGGAGGAGCGUGCGUCGGCGCUACUCUGUGCGUGUGCGAAUGCGCCGGGCCCUCCGUCGCGGGAUGCGCGUUGCCUCCGGGUGCGUUGCGGCGCCAGCGUGUGCAGCUGCAGGGCG